CACCAGCACUUGUUUUCUGUUUUUUGUUACUAUCCUUCCUAGAGAGGGGUGCAGUGGUGCCGCUCUUUCUUGAACAUAUUCCCUCCUUCUUGCAGUUUCUCAUUUUAUCUCUUGCCUAGAUUAUUGCCAUCUCCCUGACCCGUCCAAACCACUUGGCACUGCCAUGAGCCUACAUUGUGCCCUGGGCUCCCCACUCAAUAGCACCCUAUAUCAGCUUCCCAUUGCCCACAAGAAAAGUAGAGAAAAAAUUAUCAUUUAGUGAACACCACGUGCCAGGCACAUGGCACUAAGUGAGAGUCCCAUUUCCUAGAUGAACAAGCAGGCACGGAGAAGUUAUUUAAGAUCACACAACUAAUAAUCAGUAAGCUAGGAUUCAACUAGUUUGUUCAAAAGCAGUUUUACUCCAAGGUUCACUCUACAUCCUCAUUUAAUCCUCAUUACAAGUGUACUGAGUGGGUAUCUCAUCCCCUAAUUUUAAUGAAGAAAGCACUGAGUUAAGUAACUUGCCUAAAGUGAGAUAGUUAAUAACUUGGGAGCUGGGGUUCGAACCUGGGUCUCUGACUUAAAAGUCUGGUGAUGCUGAUUUCUCGUCUCUCUCAGAUCCUUGGUCUGGCAACAAGGCCCUAUACCGUCUGGACCCAACACAGUGUACCAGCUUUGUUUUGCCUGUACUGCCUUAUUGCUCACUGCAAUUUAGACAAUUUGCCUCUAAAGAGGAGCUAGGUUUCGGUUUCACCUCUCUGCCCUGGUUUUUAUAAUUCCAUCAAUAUCUAAGCCUCUCCUCCAGCCCUAAAUCAAUUGCACUUUCUCCCCCAAACCUUUCCAGUUCUCCAAACUAGAAGAAAUCCUAAACUCCUGCAGCACUGAGCUCACCACUCAGUUGUGACAUUUUUUUUUAAAAUAAGGAAGUUUGUGCUUUUAUUGAAAAUUUAUAUGACUCAUUAUUGUAAUAAAUAACCAUUUUCACACAAAAAAAAUGACAGUGCUAUGCUAGAGAAGAAAAUAUUAAAUGGAGUUUACUUGUAGUGGCAAGACAGACUAUUAUCAAUACAGAAUAAAUAUUAACAGCAUUCAGUUGUGACAUUCUUGAAGGUGCCAAAACUACCUUGCAGCCCGCCUGCAGCUGAGCACAUGGUAGUCCCUGGACAAACACAAAAUGUACAAAAAGUAUUCCUGCAGGGAGGGUGCCUUCCGGUCAUUGAAAUAGUUGAUUCCCUGCAAUGAGAAAAGUGUAUGAGACUGAGGAGCAGAGAUGAGUUCUGGCACCCAGCGUCUUGCAGAAGUGUUUGCAUUGCAUUGAUUUUCAGUCGUCCGCCUCCCUGGCUCCAGGUCUCUGAGUGGGCGGUCGGCAGUGAUCUGGCCUGUAUCUCCGGUUCCUGAAAAGGCAGAAGUUUCUUACUGAAAGCAGGGCCAGAGUCCGGGAGACGGACGCCACUCCUUCCCCUCGGCCAGCCUGGCAGCAGCUGCCCCAGAGUAAGCAGCCUUGUGUCCUGGGAUCCGCCCACAGCCUCACCCCCGCAGGAUGUCCCAGCAGGAUCUGAGUAUCUCAGCAAAACUCAUCAAUGGAGGCGUGGCGGGGCUCGUGGGGGUGACCUGCGUGUUCCCCAUCGACUUGGCCAAGACUCGGCUGCAGAACCAGCAUGGGAAAGCCAUGUACAAAGGAAUGAUGGACUGCCUGACGAAGACGGCGCGGGCCGAGGGCCUCCUGGGCAUGUACCGAGGGGCUGCGGUGAACCUGACCCUGGUCACUCCGGAGAAGGCCAUCAAGCUGGCAGCCAACGACUUCUUCCGGCAGCUGCUCAUGGAAGAUGGGCUGCAGCGGAACCUGAAGAUGGAGAUGCUCGCCGGCUGUGGCGCUGGAGCGUGCCAGGUGGCGGUCACUUGCCCCAUGGAGAUGCUCAAGAUUCAGCUGCAGGACGCCGGGCGCCUGGCCGUCCGUCACCAGGGUGCGGCCUCAGCACCGUCCUCCUCCGGGCCCUACACGACCGGCUCGGCAUCCACCCACAAGCGCCCUUCUGCCACCCUCAUCGCCUGGGAGCUGCUCCGCACCCAGGGUGUGGCUGGUCUCUACAAGGGGCUGGGUGCCACCCUCCUCAGAGAUAUUCCCUUCUCCAUCAUCUACUUCCCAUUGUUUGCCAACCUUAACAACCUGGGGUUCAACGAGCUUACUGGAAAGGCCUCUUUUGCUCACUCCUUUAUGUCGGGCUGUGUUGCAGGCUCUGUGGCUGCUGUCACAGUGACACCUCUGGACGUUCUGAAAACUCGAAUCCAAACCCUCAAGAAAGGCCAGGGUGAGGACAUCUACAGUGGGAUUGCCGACUGUGCCAGGAAACUCUGGAAUCAGGAGGGACCAUCCGCCUUCACAAAAGGAGCAGGAUGCCGGGCCCUGGUCAUAGCUCCUCUCUUCGGGAUUGCUCAAGGCGUUUACUUCAUUGGCAUUGGAGAGCGCAUCUUAAAGUGUUUUGAGUAGAUAGGCCUGGAGCUCAGUCCCUGUGCUCACGGCCACCUCGGUAGCCCCCUCUAUUUAGUCUAGAGGGAUAAGUGUAAGAUGGCCCACCCACAACGUAUCUUGUCCUCUAACUUGUAGCGCUACCUCAAUCUCAGAAGAAACAACCCCAUUCUAAUAAGUGAGUUGAGCAUAGCCGUAUUCUACGUUUCCUUUGGGGGUACACCUACUAGGGACUUUCAGAAGCCCCUAACCCACCUGCUUUACAAUGACAAAAACAGCACUUGCUUUGGAUCUAUUAAUUGCCAAACCGUAACAGGUAGCAAAGAUGAAAGUGUUGUUUCUAUAUUUUAACAUUUCUAUUUCAUACUCAAAUUUAGCAUACUUCAGUCCGUUCGAGGAUUUAGUUUUGUUAAUCUUGAAUUAAAUAACUUGUGGCUAGUCCUAGCACUGACUUUGGGGAAAAUGAGGAUCAAAAGUUCCAGAGGACCAUGAAAGCCCUCAUCUGAAACCAUACACGCCCUCCCGCACCUCAAUGGCUGAGGAGAUGAGGCUGGCUCCGUGGCGCAGCCAUCACGCCCCGCACCCUCCUCCCGGGCACGGGCUCUCGCCAACCCCCUCCCCGUGUCUGCGGAACACGAUCUUAAAGUUGAAUAGUUCAAUCUUGUCUAGUAGUCAGCAGGCAGCACAGACAGGCUGCAAUGACCAGAUCUGUCACCUACCUUUCCAUAUCCACUUCAGAACUAACUAGAUUAAAGAGCCCUGAUGCAGGUCA